AUGGCCAACAACGCACCGCGACCCGCCGCCCUCUUGCAGGCGCGUCCUCCCUUCCUCGCCUCCCCACUCCUGCGGGCUCACGCCCAGUCGCUCGCAAAGCUCCACACGGCACUCUCGACAGCCGCCUUCGCCUCGGCGUUCGUCCUCGGCGUCGCUCUCCACUACCACCGCAUCGUAAAGAACCAGUGGUACGGCUACCCGCAGGAAUGGGCGCCCUCCGUCUCGGCCACCAUCGGCGACUGGUUCCCCGAGCGCAACGUCUUCCAGCUCCUCAUCGCCCUCACUUCGGGCCCGCGCUUCCUCCUCAUCCUCGUCGGGUUCGUCUCGCACCGAUUCAUCGACCCGCACAGCACGCUUCCAGCCGCGCUUGCCGCCAUUGCCGUCGUGCGCACCAUCUCCUGCGGUGGCUGGGUCUUUGUCACGAGCAGUGACCACGGCGACGUGCACGACGUCUUCAUGGUUCUCUACAUCGUCCUCAACCUCCCGUACAUGAUCGUCGGGACCGUCCUCACCCCGUCGGGCACUCGCGCCAAGACCUUGCGGCGCAUCUUCGGCACGGCCUUCUUCGCGACACUCGCGCCCCUCAUCUACUUCUACCUCGAGCACAAGCAGUACCGCGUCCCUGGAGCCUACUCGAUCUAUGCCCUGUUCGAGUGGUCCCUCAUCUUGCUCGACGUUUCGUUCGACGCCAUCCUCAUCCUCGACUACGCGCCGACUUCUUCUUCUUCUUCUUCUUCUUCAUCAUCAUGGUCAUCCUCGUCGGCAUCCUCUUCGUCAUCUUCGUCAUCAUCAUCAUCGAGCCUGCCCGGACUCGAGCUCGCCCUGCAGCCGGCCUCGCCCGAGGCUCGAGCGCACGGCGUCUACCUCGCGCCCGUCGUCCACAAGGGCACGCGCAAGCCUGCGGGCCCGGUCGCACGGGCAUUCGCGAGGGUCGAGAUGGCGACGGCGAGGACGAGGCACUUUGUCGCCGAUGUGUACCUCGCUUUCAUCUUCUGGACCCUCCUCGUCGCCCUCGGGCCCAUGAUCUUCUACGAGUCGGUGUGGUCGAUGGGCCUCAGCGGGAACGAGGUCCUCCUGUUCGCCAUCCUGUCGCCGAUCCUCCUCGCGCUUCCGGUCCUGUCCCGAGCAUUCGCUCGUCCGGCCCUCGCGCACCUCGGCCUACUCGUCGGGCUCGCGACGAGGUGGCUCGACGGCAACGGCAUUGCGCGGCUGAGGGGUACGGCGCUCGGGCUCGGGCUCGCCGUGUGCGGGACGGUCGGCGGGUGGUGGGACGUCAGGAGGGAGGCGGACAAGGUGGACGCGCGAGCGAGGGUCUUCCUCCUCGGCCUCGUCGUCUCGCUCGUCGUCAAGUUCGCCAACUUCAGCCUCAACCCGCUGUGGCCCUUCAUGCGUGCGUCGCCGAGCCCGAGGUACGACACGGGCGGGUGGAACGGCGUCGGGCUCGCGCUCGCCGCGUUCGCGUACUUCGAUGCGGUCGCGAGGAGGCGGGCGACGGUCGUGCCACCUGCGGCGGCGUCAACCGGUGCUGUCGAGCCGUCGUUGUCGUCAACAUCACCUUCAUCGCCGCCAUCAACGUGGGCCACGCCAGCCAUGCCGCUCAAGCCGUCGCUCGCGGCGAAAUGGACCGCCGCGCUCGGCUUCGGCUCCCUCUUCUUCCUUCUUCACUGGCUCUUUACCGACUCGGGCACCAUCAUCGCCUGGUCCUGGGCCGGGUACCCGUCGUCCGGGCCGUACGCCUUCCCGCACGGCCUCAUCACGAUCGUCGCCGUCCUCGCCGGCAUCGCGCUCGUCCCCUCGUCGACCGCCACGACCCGCACCUCGCUCACCUCGUUCGCCAUCGCCUGCACCUGCGCCACACUCCUCCUCACCCGGACAUCAUGGGCGUCUUUCCUCCCCGCCUGCCUCCUCGGCACCUACCUCGCCUCGCUCUUCCCACCCUUCCUACUCUCCCUCACCUCGCACACCCCGUCCGGGCCCGGCGCCCCAUUCGCCGCCGCGUUCCUCAUCUACGCGCUCCUCGAGCUCGCGAGCACGUGGACCGUCGCGUACGCGUUCGUGCCCGCCGGGUCGGUCCUGCGCGAGCGCACGGGCACGGUCCUCGCGCUCGCGAUGGCGGGCGUCGCGGCCGGGCUGUGGCCGGCGGCGCGUGUGCGGCAAGCGGCGGCGACGAGUGGGGCGGGAGCAGCUGCGGGAGCGUCAGGAAGGCGAGGAACGGCGCGCACGCUCCGCACGGCGACGCUCGUCCUCGCGCUCGCGGGCGUCGCCGUCCUCGUGUACCGCGCGCCGGGCUACUACGCGCCGGGCGUGCCGUACCACGCGCAGGAGCGGCUCGUGACGGCGGGCAUCUGGACCGUCCAUUUCGGCCUCGACGGCGAGAUGUGGGAGAGCGGGAGGAGGAUGGCCAACAUGCUCAGGACGGCAGAGGUCGACGUCAUCGGCCUCCUCGAGACGGACGUGCACCGCAUGGUCGGCGGCAACCGCGACAUCACCCAGUUCAUCUCGCACUCGCUCAACAUGCCGUACGUCGACCUCGGACCAGGCCCGCAGAAGAACACGUGGGGCGCCGCCCUCAUCUCCAAAUUCCCCAUCCUGCGCUCGUCGCACCACCUCCUCCCCUCGCCCAACGGCGAGCUCGCGCCCGCCAUCUUUGCCACGCUCGACAAGUACGGCGUCGAGGUCGACGUCGUCGUCGCGCACAACGGCCAGGAGGAGGACCCGCUCGACCGCGAGCUGCAGAGCACCGAGCUUGCGCGCCUCUUGAGGGAGAGCUGGCCGCGGCCGGCGCUCUUCCUCGGCUACCUCGUCACGAGGCCGCACGCCGACAAGCCGGCGCCGUAUCGCUACUUGGUCGAGGACGGGCGCAUGCUCGACAUCAACGCCGACGACCACGACCGAUGGUGCCAGUAUCUCUUCUACCGUGGCCUGCACCGCACCGGCUACGCCCGGCUUAACCGAGGCUCGAACCCGUCGGUCACCGACUCGGAGGUCCAGCUCGGCAAAUACGUCGUCCCGCUCGCGCGCCCUCCACCUGGCGGCUCGGCGUUCACCGCCUCGGCGCGGGCCCUCGUCGCGACCAACGCCUCGGCGCUCGUCCCGCCGAUCCCGACAGCCGCCUACGUCGCGCACCUGCACGACUCGCCGCCACCUCGCGACGCCGAGUCGACCGUGUGGACGCCCGAGCGCUACCUCCCCGAGGCGCUGCGGUUCCCGGCGCGCCUGUACGACCACGACGAGGAGCACCGGUUCAUCGUCUUGACGGGCGAGAAGGGCGGGCCCGGCGCGCACUACUUCAUGGGGCGCGACGAGAAGGAGUGGAGGAGGUUGCGGGAGAUCGAGGAGCUCCAGGCGCUCAAGGCGGGCGAGGGGUGCCCCGUGCAGUGACCGGGUCCGAGCGACGGCGGCGACGAGCAGUAGAUUCUUGAGCAGGCCGGCUACGGUCUCUAAUGCAGUACCCUUUCCGAGCA